UAUACGGAAUGUACAUAAAUGUACCUGUUGUACUGUCUUGUACUAAACAUUCCUCAUUAAAUGGACAUCGUGCAGUCGCGCACUGAAACUCAAACAGUAUGGCGCCUCCCGGUAAACGUCACCGUGCGCCAAGCACGAAAAUUCAAGUGAUUAAAGGAAGACUUUUAAAGUUUCAAGCGAAAUAUCUAACUACUGACUUUGCGAAACGAUUAGUCCUUGAUCCCAGUUUGCUAUGGGUUUCCGCUAUUCUUCUGCUCGUCGGCGAGUUGUUUGUGAAUGUUCUAGUCAUUCAGCGAGUUCCAUAUACAGAGAUAGAUUGGAUAGCUUAUAUGCAAGAAGUUGAAGGAGUAGUGAAUGGAACAUGGGACUACUCCAAACUGAAGGGGGACACAGGACCUCUAGUCUAUCCAGCUGGAUUUGUUUACAUUUUUACUAUCCUCUACUACAUCACCAACUAUGGAAGAAAUAUUAGAUUUGCUCAGUACAUAUUUUGUGGAUUUUAUCUAGUAACUGUGGCCUUGGUCUUCAGGAUCUACUCAAAGUCACGUAAAAUCCCUCCGUACAUGCUGAUAUUCAUCUGCUGUACUUCAUACAGGGUUCAUUCUAUCUAUGUCCUAAGACUGUUCAAUGACCCAGUUGCUAUGAUGUUCUUGUAUUUAUCAGUAAACCUAUUCAUGGAUGGCUAUUGGACAUUGGGCAGUACAUUUUUCAGUCUGGCAGUUUCCAUUAAAAUGAAUAUUCUGCUAUUUGCGCCAGCCUUAUUGCUGGCGUACAUUGCUUCUCAAGGAUUCUACGGGACCAUUAAGCAACUCAGUAUAUGUGCCGGAAUUCAACUUCUUUUAGGAGCCCCUUUUCUUUUAACCAAUCCUGUUGCCUACAUGGUUGGAUCGUUCAAUUUGGGACGCGUUUUCUUAUUUGAAUGGACGGUUAAUUGGCGAUUUCUUUCUGAAGAACUAUUCGUCCAUCCUGGCUUCCACAUAUCUCUUUUGCUUCUUCACGUGGGACUUUUAGCGAUUUUCGCAAAACCAUGGUUCAGAUACAUGAAAAGCUUCGCCAAGUUGCAGCCAACUGGAGUGGGAAUAGUGUCACAACUUCUUCUCUUGCCGCUGUUCACUGCCAAUUUGAUUGGAGUGGCGUUCAGCCGUUCGUUACAUUACCAAUUCUAUGUCUGGUACUUUCACACUCUGCCUUAUCUCCUCUGGUCGACCCCAUACUCGAUAUGGCUCAGGUUAUGUAUCUUGGGCUUGAUUGAAAUGAGUUGGAACACUUUUCCGUCGACGAAUGUGAGCAGUGCCAUGUUGCACGUGUGCCACCUUUUGAUUAUUUACGGAAUUUUCUCGAAACGUAACCCACCCAAGGACCUGGAUAUCAACAUUAAUAAGGACAAAUGAUGAUUUAAUAAAUCAACGGUUCACCUUUUGUUUUCCUUUUGAGUUUGAGAAGUGUGCUGCUCCUGCAUGCUUGAGAUAAUUGUAUUUGUGUGAUCAAUACAAUAUUUCUCGCUGCCAAA